GCUCCUUCUGGACAGCAGAACUCGGUGCCUUCGUUUCUCUCCUCGGUCAAGACAGAGUCGUGAUUGUCGGUUGUCGCGGCCCUGGUCCAAGCUGAAAAGCCCAGAGAGAAGCCCUUGCCUCAUCAACCCCGGCCACACCGCAAUAUCGGCCGGCCGACCUUACCGAGCAGUCCUGACCCGCCUCCCCACUCUCGGCCGAUGAAAUUGCCGGUGACAACGCUGUCGAGAGCCCUUCGGCCCUUCCCCGUCCAGCUGUCGCUGCCUCUGCACUGGGGCGAGCUCGAUGCCGCUGGGUCCAUCAACACACUGUAUUUUGCAAAGUUCUUUGAGGCCGGACGCCGUUCAUACUAUCUCCAAGUACUCAAGCCGCAAGUGUCUCCAUCGUCCUAUGCGUCCUUUGCCGCCCCCACCACGAUUGGGCCGAUCCUCAAGUCGUGCCAGUUCGAAUUCUUCACUCCCGUCCCCUUUGACGGACCGGGCUCUCGUCUCGAGAUCGGCACCAGAAUCAAGACGCUCCUGGCGGACCGCUUUGUCUGGGAGUUGGUGGUGCUCUCGAACUCGCCGCGGCUUUUGCAGGCGUCCGAGUCCACAUCGGCGCCGGCGUCGGCAGCCGAUGGCUAUGUUCUGGUCGCCCGAGGCGAGGCUGUUUCGGUCAUGUUCGACUAUAGCCUCCACAAGAAGGCACUGGUGCCCUCGGACAUUGCCGAUGCCAUCCGGACCGCGGAGCAGUCCGAUGUGCAGCAGCGAGCCGAUCAGCGAGCAGGCGAAUAGGCAGAUGUGGCCCAUCGCAGCCAACGCUCCACGGCCAAGCCAGUUUGGUAGCCACUCUCUGGACGGAUGAGUCUCGUUUCCAUA